UCCUCCAAGAUCCCACGCGUUCCUGGAUUGCCAUGUUCUACACACUUCUCCCCCGCCAACGCGGAUAGAACGGGAUCGACAAGGACAUUUUGCUGUAGCUUCAUCUUGUAGCCAAAGAAACAGCAACGUGCGCUUGUAUAGCGACUCACGAUGGAGCUGUGCCUAGGCAUGAUCCCUUCGCGUGCCUGAUGUAUAGAGAUUCCGUCAUUGGAUGACCCGGCAUCAUCGUGCAGGUAUUAAUAUAGGAAGUCGAUCCCACUGGAGCUCCCCCUGUUUAGGCACACGACAAACCCCAAUUUCGCAUUCAAGAUGCUGUUUCCCGUCUCCCUAGGCCUGUUGGCCCUUCCACUAACCCAGGUCCUCGCCAAUCCGAUCAUCGCUCGUGAUGCUCCAGCAGCGGUCAAUGCCACGACCUGCAAUGGCAAGAAAUACGUCUACGAAGGGCUGGCCGGCUACGGCAAGCUAGCCAGCGAUGCCCGUGACAAGUUUGGCGACACCAUUGGCGGUAUUGGAAGUGCCAUCGCGCUCGACAAGAGCUCGAUUAAGAAGAACAAGAGCAAAAAGGGAACGUAUUCGGGUAUCAUCUAUGGUUUGCCCGACCGUGGUUGGAAUACACAGGGCACACAGAACACGCAGACCCGCGUUCACAAAUUUAGCUUCACGUUUGAGGUCGUCGAGGCUACCCUUGCGAAGCCUGCGGCUCCAAACUUCAAGCUCACCUACUUGGAUACCGUGCUGCUUACAGGACCCGAUGGAACGCCGCUGACGGGUCUUGAUCCUACGGACACUGUCACAUACGAGGGCUUUCCAACCCUUCCUCUUGCCAAGUAUACUGGUAACGGUUUCGGACAAGAUGGUCCUGGUGGCGCGCGCGUUCCCCUAGAUACGGAGGGCUUGGUGCUCGGUGACGAUGGCACGUACUGGAUCAGCGAUGAGUACGCUGCGUUUGUGUACCAGUUCGACAAGAAGGGUAAGAUGAUCAAGGUUAUUCGCACUCCCGAUGCUUUCGUUCCCCUGCGCAACGGCACCGAGAGCUUCAGCGCCGCCUCGCCACCCAUCUAUGAUCAAAAAUUCAAGAUCUCCCCAGAGGAUCCCACCACCGGACGCGGCAACAACCAAGGCCUCGAGGCCCUGACCCGCAGCCCGGAUGGCAAGUACCUGUAUACCAUGCUCCAGAGCGCCACCAUCCAAGACGGCGGCAGCAAAAACACCAAGCGCCGCAACACGCGCUUCCUCCAGUAUCGCCUCAAGAAGAAUAAGAUCGAGUUGAAAGCCGAAUACGCCGUCCAGCUGCCCGUCCUUCCUUCCGGCAGAGUAGCCAGCCAGUCUGAAAUCCACUACAUUUCCAAAUCCCAAUUCCUCGUUCUCGCCCGCGACUCCGGCGCUGGACACGGCCAGGAUAAGUCGCAGUCCAUCUACCGCAACGCAGACAUCAUCGACAUCUCCAGCGCGACGAACCUCGUCGGCAAAGUCGACGCAUUCGACGGCCAAAUCGCCACCAAAGACGGCGUGCUGAAGAGCGACAUUGUCCCCGCGAUCUACUGCCCCUGGCUCUCAUAUAACAAUAAUGAAGAACUAGGCAAAUUCGGCGUGCGCAACGGCGGCGCGCAAGACGAGAACCUGCUCAAUGAGAAGUGGGAGAGCUUUGCGCUUUUGCCUGUUGACGACGAGGAUACGGAGAAGACGAAGGAGGGUGGGAAGGACUUCUUCCUUAUUUCCUUCUCAGAUAAUGAUUUUAUUACGCAGAAUGGUCAGUACAAUACUAUACACCAUUUUCUCGAUGAGGGAUAGUUUGGCUAAUGUGGAUGACACUAGGUUUUAUCAAUGGAGGGAAACUGCCGUAUAAAGAUCAAUCGGGGUUUAAUCUUGAUAAUCAGGUUUUGGUGUUCAAGGUCAAGUUGCCAAAGGGAGCGGAUCCUUUGUAAGCUGUGUGUUGGCUCGCUGGGAGGAUGGGAUUGGAGUUUGGAUGGAGAUGAGAGGUUAGAGACUGGGAUACUACGUUUACGAGAUAAUGUUUGUAUAUUGUAUGGAAUAGAAGAUUGGUAGUGAGUGAGGGAUGUCUUGAUUGAUGAUGAGAGUACAAUCUCUCUACUUCCUUAAAUGCGUUAUGUGCUUACCCAUGUAUUCGUUCUAGUUCUAAUAUUUCUCCAACGAACUAAUUAUAGUCUUAUAAGGUGAGGCUUAAAUGUAGAACAAUGAUUAGUAGUAGCA